AUGGCUGCUAUCGGCUCCUUGAUAUUCUGCACGGACUGCGGCAACCUCCUGCCCGCUUCCAAGGGAACUGCGAAGAACAUCCUACACUGCGAAUGCUGCGGCGCGGAAAAUCCAGAUAUCCCAUCGCGAUCGAUUGUCACAAGAACAAAGGCGUCAGACUUCCCUUCGCCCCUUCGCCAAAAACUCUCUUCUGUUCAGACGAUUGAGAGACACAAGAUCGAGAGCAGCCGAGUAGACCCCAACAUGGACUGCUCCGAGUGUGGGCGAAAUGGAAUCAGAUAUACCGAACUCCAGACGCGGGGUGCCGACGAAGGGUCAACAAUCAUGUACAAUUGCGAAUGUGGCCACAAGUGGAACAUGAACAAUUGA